CAUAAUGUAGUUCUAACGAAAAUAACUUUUAACCUGUUUGUAGAAAUGAAUCUGAUUUUUGUACCAUUUAGAUUAUUAUUGGAUAGUUUUAAGGUUAGUAAAUAAAAGUUUUUGUUUUGUUUGAAUGUUUUAUAUUUUAAUAUAAAACAUAUACCAAUGAUACUUUAUGUAUGGUAAUAAGUAAAGUGGUAUAAGUACUAUAAUUAUGUAUCAAGGAUUAUUAAAUAUGGUCGGGAAAAAUGAGAUAUUACUCGUUGGAUCUCUUUUAAUACUUUUUUGCAAACAAGUAUCUUCGGAAUGUAGACAAUUAACGGCUUGUUCGUGUAUGUUUUCUAAUGGACAAGGUUAUAACUUGUCACCUCUGAGUAACUCAAGCCUAACAGCCACCGAUGAUUUGACUAAUUUCACUUUUUAUUAUCAUCCUUGUACGAAUAUACCAUUAGGCAAUAAAUCGACCGAUUGUUAUAAAGGCGUUUCUUUAUGUGCUAUACACGACAAUCAUACUUUUAGCCUAGGUAAAGCAGAAGAAACAAGAAUAAUUGUCGAAAUAGAUAAUGCGAAACCGCCCGUUUUCAUUCUUCAUAAUGAAAAUAAUAGUAUAACAACAAUAGCCCUAGCUUGCUGUAAUAAUUUAUGUGGUACUCAUUUAUAUGUGGAUUCUGUCAAUGUUGAUAAGAAUGAAUACCAUCUAAUAUUGACGUCUUCUUAUGCUUGUAAAACGACGCAAAUUAAAAGUCUUUCUACUGGUUCUAUAUUGCUUAUCUAUUUUUUUAUAUUAACUGGAAUAUAUUUUAUUGGAGGAACAAUAAUUUUAAAGUUUUUAAGAGGAGCAACUGGUUGGGAAAUGGUACCUAAUCAUGAAUUUUGGCGGAACCUUCCUUCACUUGUUAAAGAUGGAGUUGUAUUUACUUUUAAUUGUUGUCGCUUAGACAGUUAUGAAAGAAUAUAAAUUUAUAUAAUUACAGUUUAAAAAUACAAUGUAAAUUUGAUAGAUCAUAAAAAGUGCUCUUGUGGUUUCAAUUAGCGAAUAAACGCUAAAAUAAUUUUUUAUUGUAAAAUUAUCAAUGAAUAUAUUCUUUAAGAUGUGUACAUUUUUCAUAAACAUAAAUGCAAAUGUGUAUAUGCGUAUAACGCAUUGUGCGUUCAUAGUGUUUGAUACUGUGUGAAAAUAGCUGAAUAUUUAAUUAUGUUACAUAUAUAUAAUAUUAAUAAUUUUAUGAUAUAUGUAAUAUUUUAUUAACGAUUAUUAAUAAUAUAAAAAUAUAAAUACUUAUAUAUAAACUA